CAACCACCACCUCCCUCAGCCUCACCCCCCCUUUAAACAAAUUCAAGAUCUCAAACCCUUUUUAAUUCUCUCUCCCUUCCAAUCAAUCAUCAGAACUCACACCCACCUCCACCUCAAUCAGCGCAUGAGAUGGGAGUAGCACCGCCGGCCACCAUCACAACCAUCGUCCUCUUUCUGUUCUUCUGCACCGCCGUCGCAAAGUUGGAAACUUACUCUCAUUCUUACCCAAGCUUCAACAAAUCCUUGAAGGAAAAAGCCAACUCCGAGUUAGUAUUCGAAAACAAUGCCACGAUUGAAAAGGAUGCCCUGCAGGUCACUCCAGACACCGGCAACACCGCCGUCUUUGGCCUCCAGAACCAGUCCGGUAGGAUCAUGUUCCGAAAACGCUUCAAGUUAUGGGACGGCGGCGACGGAGAUAUCAACUCCACUGUAGCAUCAUUCACCACAUACUUUCUUGUUAAUAUGUAUCCUGUUAACAACGGCACCACCGGUGAAGGUUUAGCCUUCUUAAUAGCACCCACCCUUCAAAUUCCUAGUAAUAGUUACGGUCAAUAUCUCGGCCUCACCAACGCCACCCUCGACGGCCAAUCAAGCAACGGCAUCCUCGCCGUCGAGCUCGACACCGUCAAACAAAGCUUUGAUAUCGAUAACAACCACAUAGGUCUCAACAUCCACUCUAUCAGAUCUGUCGACUCCAAAUCAUUAACACCCAAAAACAUCACUCUAGCUCCGGGAACAACACCGGCGUUCCAUAAUAUCUGGAUUCACUACGACGGUGUCGAGAAGAUCUUACGGGUUUACAUCAAAGACAAACCGGAAGUAACGUCUCCGACUCCACCCAUGCCGGAAACACCCAUCAUCGAGUACAACCUGGAUCUCCGAAGGACAGUUAAUCGCUACUCUUACUUCGGUUUCGCCGCCUCCACCGGAGACUUAAUCGAGCUAAACUGCGUUCUACAAUGGAACCUAACUGUAAACUACUUCCCCGGCCCGAAGAGUCCAUGGAUGAAAAUCUUGCUUGGCGUUGGGAUUCCGGUGGUGGUGGCCGUGGUGGCGCUGGCGGCUCUGCUAGGUCGUUAUUUAUACAAGAAACGAUUGGUGGAUCGGUCGCAAUCAAACAUUCUCAGCCGGCUGAGAACGUUGCCGGGAAUGCCGAAGGAGUUCCGAUUCCGGGAGCUGAAGAAAGCCACAAAUAACUUCGACGAGAAGAGGAAGCUUGGACAAGGUGGUUAUGGCGUCGUUUACCGGGGAGUGUUGCCGGAGGACAAUGUGGAGGUGGCCGUGAAAUGGUUUUCCAGAGAAAGCUUAAAAGGAGAAGACGAUUUCUUGGCUGAACUCACCAUCAUCAAUCGCCUCCGCCAUAAACAUCUGGUUCGAUUAUUGGGUAAGUUUUUCUUCAAUUCAAAUUUACCAUCCAUUGUUUCUUGAAAUUAC